AUGUCUGAUCAAUCAAGGGCGCCAGUGAGCCAGAAGCUGUACGAGUCUGCGCCGUCGUCACGCCAGACGGUGAAGUUCUUGACUGCAGUGACAGUUGGCGCGACACUGUUAAUCCUGUCCGGGUUAACCUUAACCGGGACGGUGAUAGCGCUGAUCUUGGCAGCCCCAGUUCUAGUCCUGUUCAGCCCGAUUCUAGUCCCUGCCGGGAUUGUCAUACUCCUUGUUGUCGCCGGUUUCGUAUUCUCCGGCGGGUGUGGGGUGGCGGCAGUAUCGGCGUUGUCGUGGAUAUAUAAUUAUGUGACGGGGAAGUGCCCGCCGGGGGCUGAGAAGCUUGAUUACGCAAGGAUGAGAAUCGCGGAUAAGGCUAGGGAUAUGACGGAGAGGGCUAGGGAGUACGGGAAUUAUGUGCAAACUAAGGCUCAAGAGGCUACUCAACGUGCUUGA